UAGUUCCUGUAAGAAUUCCUUGCCACUGGGAAGUGUAGUUCAUUUCAUAACAGACUAUCGUUCUUUCCGAAUCAAGCAGCCGUGUUUAAAAACUACAUCUCCCAUGAUGCCUUUCUGUAUUGCGUUUCGGAUACGGAAGCUACUUUGGGAAAAUUAAAGACGCAUGGCAAACUUGUGGAAAAUGUCACAGCACGGUACCAAGAAAAGAAAAUUAGAUAGGAGUACAGAGGAUUACAUGUACUUUGACAGCUACUCCGAUGUCACUAUUCACGAAGAGAUGAUUGCAGACACUGUGCGCACUAAUACGUACAGAAUGGGCAUUUUUAAAAACAGUAAGUCAAUAGAGGGGAAAGUGGUGCUUGAUGUGGGAGCCGGUACCGGCGUCUUGAGCUUAUUCUGUGCGCAAGCAGGGGCCAGGAAGGUUUAUGCAGUCGAAGCGAGCUCGAUCGCCGAUCAGGCUGUGAGGAUCGUAAAACUGAAUCAGAUGGAGGACACAAUCGAAGUCAUUAAAGCCACACUAGAGACAAUCGAACUGGCCGAACAGGUAGAUGUGAUCGUCAGUGAAUGGAUGGGCUACGCGCUCCUCCACGAAUCCAUGCUGAACUCAGUGAUCUUCGCCCGGGAUAAGUGGCUCAAACCCGGUGGCCUCAUAUUACCGUCCCGCGCGGAUCUUUACAUCGCUCCCAUAAACGAUCUGGUGGUGGAGGGUAGAUUGAAUUUCUGGAGCACCGUCAAAGCACAGUACGGCGUGGACAUGUCCUGCAUGACCGACUUUGCCAGGAAGUGCAUCAUGAACAAAGACAUCACUGUGAAUCCGGUGACGGUAGAGGAUGUGCUUUCCCACCCGUGUAAGUUUGCCGAGCUGGAUUUGAACACGGUCACGUUGGAGCAGGUCAGAGAUGUGAGGGGCGUGUUCAGCUGCCAGUGCUUCGGCUCGUCCUCCAUCCACGCCUUUUGUGUGUGGUUCACGGUGACUUUCCCCUCUGAGGAGAAGGCCCUGGUGCUCUCCACAUCUCCCUUCAAACCAGAGACACACUGGAAACAGGCUGUGCUGUAUCUGGAUGAUGCUGUGGAUGUGAUGCAGGACACUAAAGUUGAGGGGGAGAUCAGUUUGUAUCCCUCCGAGGAGAAUACUAGACAUAUAUGCAUCCAUGUGGACUAUUCAAUAGGUGAACAGAAAAAGCACUCCAAAACUUUUUCUAUUCCUGAUCAGUAUUUAGAAGUUAAAUAGAGAUUUGGCCAUUAUUUAUUUGUAGUUAUUUCCCUAGUCAAAUAGAAGGAAUGCUAAUGAAAUUUGGAAUUUGAAGUCUCAUUGUGAUGAAAUAAACAGAAUCACUGGAUACACUGGAAAA